AUGCUCGACUUUCCACGUCGACGCACCUUGUCCAUACUGUUCGUGCCAGAUAUACGCGAUAAGACCGGAGGCAGCAGCACUCACAGAUCCUACGAUCUCGCUUAUCGACGCCCAGAUACGGUUUCUGACCGCCAAAUAGGAGUGUCGCGUCCGUUAUCGCAGCGCGGCAUCCAUCGGAAGAUCCCGAUACUAUUAUCGGUGGCAUCAGCAAAUCUGCUUAAUCUGGCCCGUCGACGCCAACAACCCGAUGAACAAGACCACAACUCCUAUUGCAACUUUGUAGGCUUGAAACCCGACAUCCACAAUAUGCCGCGAACUGAGCAGAGAAACAAGGGAGGGGUCAACGCUUGUCAGAGGUGCCGUCGGAGAAAGCAGAAGUGCGACCAAAAAUACCCACAAUGCUCCAAUUGUGCAAACAGCAAUGUCCAGUGCCUUGUGUAUCACUCCGGCAAGGGGGCCGAUAUACCACGGAGUUACGUCUCGGAUCUCGAAGAAAAGGUAGCGAAGCUUACCCGGCAAGUUCAGGAGUUACGAGAGCAUCCACAAUCCAGUCCAGAGCGAAGUCGGAGUCUCGCAGACAAUACAACCCUGACUUCCCAAGCCUACGACGAGUCAAGUACAGUUUUCCUCGAAGAAAUUCCGGUCUCAAACGAUAGAACUCCCGUUGUUCAAGAUCUAGUGACCAAGGUCAGGAACGUUAUUGCAGAGCCGUGUCAACAACCACGCUUUGUAGGACAAAGUAGUGGCAUCUCCUUCGCGAAAUUAGUCCUGGCAGCGAUACAAGUCGACAGCAUGUCACCAUCGUUUCUGCCCGACCAGCCACCACUCGAAGAGCUAUCUAUCUUUGAGUCCGCUCCCGCAAAAGCCUCGCUACCACCACGUCAUGUUGCCGAUCAUCUGAUCGAGGUAUAUUUUCAGUAUCGAACGCCUCAUCUCCCGAUUCUCGAUCGUUCACAAGUCGGCGAAGCAAUUGACAGCGCCUAUAGUUCACUUGGCUCAGAUCAAGGACCAUCCAAGGUUUCAGAAAGAGACAUGUUCAUCGCAUACAUAGUGUUUGCUAUUGCGCUGGUUGACGUACGCCACACCUCCGGUGGACGGCCGUCGCAAAGUGAUGGAUGUUUUCGCUCGGCACUGAGUUGGGUCGAGAAUACCCUUUCAUACUCAAAAAGCGACCUCGAUACCCUUCGCUCAGUCCUUCUUCUGGCGCAGUUUGUCGCGUUGUCCCCUUCUCGGGGAAGUUUAUGGCAUUUGACGGGCUUCGCCCUGCGCCUUUGUAUCGACGUGGGCCUACAUUUCGAGAACGAUCUGCAGCAGCUCGACAUGGAUCCUGUGGUUUUGAACGAAAGACGACGGCUAUGGUACUGCACCUAUCACUUCGACCGCCUACUUUGCAUCACUCUUGGUCGCCCAUUUGGCAUUCUUGACGAAAGCACACAGGUUCAACUCCCGAAUCCCUGGACGGGAUGCCGGCCAGGGUUUGGGCAAGCAUACUGCAGCGACUAUGACAUACAUGCCCAGCGAGCGCACAACCACCUAUUCACCCUUGCGAAACUCGAAUCAGAAAUCAAACACGUACAGCACACUCGCGUAUGGACUCCGAAGUUGGCAUAUCCACGACCAAGCUGGACUGUCUGGCUACAGGAUAUCCAGCCACGCCUACAAGAAUGGGAAGCUACCAUCCCAGAGCCUGGUAAGGCCCAACCACUGUCCAUUUUUGCAUCUCAAUCAUACUGGGAUGUCAUCUACAACAACGCCGUCCUGCUACUUUAUCGUCCCCAGGCAGGCAACAUGUACCAAUCGGCGGAAGAAUUAUCUAUCAUCUAUGGAGCUGCUGCCAAAGUGAUCGCCGGGCUCAAAGUCCUCCAACGUGAAGGGCGAGUUGAGAUGUUGUGGAAAUCGGUGCAUCAUCUCUUCAUGGCUGGACUAGGGAUUGUCUAUGCUCUCUGGCAAUCUAAGGAGAUCCGAGACAAUAACCCGGUGUCAAAGAGUAUAUCUAUUCUCCAGUCCUGUGCUUCAACUCUUUCGGCCAUGUCUGAGACAUUCAGAGGCGCCACGGGAUGUCGAGAUGCGUUUGAUACUCUUUCUUCCGCAACGAUCGACUGGCUGGUUACGAGGAAUAUCGAGGAAGUUCACCACAACCGUGUGGAAUUUGAGAAUCACGUGAGGGAUCUGAUGAAGCAAUUGAAAGUCCCCCGUGAAGGGUGCGCGACAGAUGCUCACCAAACAGACAAUAUGUCAGCCGUUUUAUCAGCUGAUAAUUUCGAUCUCAGUGAGCUACUCAAUACAGCUGCGCAGUGGCCCGACCUUGAAGAAUUCAACUUUAUGAUGACAGAACCAGGUUCAUCUACGGUGGCAGCACUUGUCCCUACUGUCGAGGCUUUCGGUCCAUAG